AUGACGUCCGUCUAUGUAUUUCUAACUUAUUUUUUCAUUUGACUGUCUGAGAAUGACUCACUAGCCCCAUUUCGAAAGAGACUAUCAGUAAUUUGAGUAAUGCAUAUUAUGACAGGCAACAUUACUCACCAGUCGAGGCUCCAUGGCGUCAUCCAAUAACUUUUAGCCUGUUAUUAGGCACUGUUUAAUAGUGGAUAUGAUUCGUCUGCUCUCCAUGUUGUCAAUUAUGCUUUGUAUGUGCAAGAAAAAAGGGGAUAUACAGUAUUUGCACACAGUGAGUUCUUCUAGGUAGUUAUUUAAUUGUGCAUUUGAAAUGUGGUUCCACAUUUCCUAUCAAACACAAAUCAUACAACCCCCUAGGAUAGGCCUACAGGUUACCAUGUGGUUCAGUCAUGUCCUACAUAUAUCACAAUGAAACCCACUAAAACUCCCUUGAGACAUGUUCCGUGUAGCUCAGUUGGUAGAGCAUGGCGCUUGCAACGCCAGGGUUGUGGGUUCAAUUCCCACGGGGUACCAGGAUGAAAAUGUAUGCACUCACUAAUUGUAAAUGUAAGUCGCUCUGGAUAAGAGCGUCUGCUAAAAUGACUAAAAUGUCAAAUGUAAAACAACCCAUGCGACUCUUUCAGAUGAGUGUGAACAUCUCCUCUCCCGCCCCUGCGCCUACUCGUCCCCUGCGGCUGAAGCGGCUGGAGCUGGACGACCCUCAGGACUACACAGAGGCCCUGAAAUGCAAGCGUCCUCGACUGAGCCUGCCACCCUCAUCCCCCGGCCUGGCCCCCUGCUUGAGGCCCCUGAGCCACAGCCCGGGCCCCGUGGGCUCCAACCACCACUGUGUGUCCUGCAUUGGGCCCUACGUCUUCCUUGAACCCACAGAGGGGACAGAGACGUACAGGGCCAUCCAUAGGGUCACAGAGCAGGAGUACACCUGCAAGGUACGUAUUGUAGCUACAUGACCGGAUAGAGUGGUGUGACUGUCACACUCGGUUUGCUUAAUCAACUGUCUGUCGGUACUUGCUUGAUACUGUGCCUGUGAAAUCAACCUAUGCACACACAUCCCUUUUGUGCCAUUCAAGUUCAGUUUAUUUGUCAUAGGCACAGGAACACAUGGUGUUCUUUGGCACUCAAGAGUGGGUACAUUAUCCUCCGGAGAUAAAGAAUAUGCAUAGCUGUAAUGUAGUCCAGUCUGUAAUUUGACCGUGACCUUAUGAACUCAGAACUGUAACAUAACUCUACCCUGUGUCCUCUACCAGGUGUUCUCUAUGAGGCGGUACCAGGAACUCAUUGCCCCCUACGCCCGCCUACUGCCUCACGACAACAUCUGCCGCAUCGCAGAGGUGGUGACGGGCGAGCGCAGCGUCUACGUCUUCUUUCAGCGCAACUACGGUGACAUGCACUCUUACGUGCGCACGUGCAAGCGGCUCCAGGAGGAGGAGGCGGUGCGUCUCUUCGGCCAGAUGGCAGCGGCCGUGGCCCACUGUCACGAGCACGGUGUUGUCCUGCGUGACCUCAAGUUGCGCAAGUUUGUCUUCGUGGACAAGCAGAGGUUAGUAGUUGAUACUUUUCUUAACUUAAUUGAGUUUUAGCUGAGGAACAUGAUCAUUGGAUCAUCUGUUUGCAGGUUGGAUUGCCUUACAGUAGUGACUGAGACCUGGCCCAAAUUAAUCAUCUGAAUGUUUAGACGGCCAGGCAUAUGUGGACUGUUUACUUCCAUUAUGUCACUGUUAAAGAAAGCCCUUUAGUUAGGCAACUGUUAAAACGACUCUAAAGAUCUUCAUGACGCCUUAAUCACACCAUCAUAACAACCAUGUCAUAUAGGACUGUAAUUUCUCCAACCCUGUAAACACAGGUGUCAUUCCAGACAGUUAUGUAAGCCACUGUAUUAUGCAUGCAUAUGACCCAGUGCACCUCCUGUAAAUCACACAAAGCAGAAAACAUGUCCCACCAUGGGGGAUUUGAUUACUAUGAUGACUCAACCUCUCUCUCUGGUUCUCCUUAGGACCAAGCUUGUUCUUCAGAACCUGGAAGACUCAUGUCUGCUCCACGGGGACGACGACUCUCUGACGGACAAGCACGGCUGCCCGGCCUACGUGGGCCCCGAGAUCCUCAACUCGCUCCACUCCUACUCAGGGAAGGCUGCCGACGUGUGGAGCCUGGGUGUGGUGCUGUACACCAUGCUGGUGGGACGUUACCCUUUCCAAGACGUGGAGCCUGCUGCGCUCUUCAGUAAGAUCCGCCGGGGGGCGUUCACGGUGCCAGAGUCGCUCUCAGUGCAGGCCAAGUCGCUGGUGUGCUGCAUGCUGCGAAAAGCUCCCUCAGAGAGACUGGAGGCCUCGGAGCUGUUGUUCCACCCGUGGCUGAACUGUUCCAACAACACAACACCUAACACGCACCUCAACCCCAGGAACUGCACUGACCAAGUGGUCCCCAGCUACACCGAAGACACGGGUUUCUAG